AAAAAAAAAAAUAAUCCAAAACAAGAAAAAAGAAACUACAAAUGAAUGGUGAAGUGGAAUUCAGUUGAAAUUCAAACUUUUGCAAGAAAUUAUAUUUUGCAUUUUUAAUCAAAGAAAACCAAUAAAAAUUAUUUAAACCAACUUUUAAAACCUUAAAAAUGAAGGGUGCUACCCUAAUAAUAGUGCUAGUGGCUGCACUUCAAUGUGUCUACACAUUGGAUGCGGCCUCAGCCCAAACUGCCACCUGUUCCUUAAAGGACAACUGUAAUAUAGAGGAGAAUCUGUUAAGUGUAACCGGUGAUGGUGGUGAUCAGGGCUCCAGCAGUCAAUUGGAAAAUAAAAUUGCUUCUUUGUUUGAGGACAAAGUCAACUAUAGUUUGAAAUUGUUUGCCGAGGAAACUAUACUUGAAUACAAUACUUUGGAUAGAAAUUUGAGCAAUAUGGCGGCCAAUUUUACCAUAACACAGAUAGAAUUGGAACAUGAAACGGAAACUGAUGAUAUAGAAGAAAGUGAAAGGGAAUACAUUUACAACAUUGGCCAGAAAUUGAUAUCUAUAGCUAAACCUUUUGAUGCCUCAAUCAAUCCUUCGGCCUCGGAAUUGUGUCGUUUGCAUACCCAACAGUAUUUGGAUGGUUUGCAGAAUUUCGAUUUGUGGGCUUUGAAAAUGCACGAUGCCACCGGUAAACUUACAUCAGGCAUACUUAAUGGCAACAUAAAUCAGCCCGGUGAUUUUGAUCAAUGUAUGGGAAUCAAGUAUCAAUUGAAAGCUAACUCUAAAAAAACUGGGAAUAUAGCUGGCUUUAGUGAUGCUGAUAAUGAUGAUGGUGAUGCAGUUGAGGCAACAAAUGAUGGCGAACAUGAUGAAAUCAAGGGACAAUAUUGUUUGGCAUAUGCACAACCGGUAUUGCCACACAAAUCGAAACGUUUACAAACAUUUUUCAAACUAUUACAAUCCCAUGGACCGUUUCAAAGUGAAUUUGAUGAUCCUGGACAUCGUGUACCCCGUUACUCAUUGAUCAAUUGGGGCAUUUGUGUGCCUUCUUCAUGCAGCAACAAAGAUGUGGAAUAUAGUGUUAAGGAGAUUCUUAAGAAUAUGACAGCAUCGACAGGCAUUACCUUCAAAGUACGUGUAGAACCACAAAUGUGUCAGUUUAGAGACAAUAAACCUUGGGAUCGCAAUACAACGUGGGCAGUACGUUUCUUUGUAACCAUCUUAUCCAUAACGAUUUUAUCAACAUUAUACCAUCAUUUUACUAAAAACAAGCAAUCAAAUCCAUGGUUAUGUGCAUUCUCCUUGGAAAAAAAUCUUGGUUGGUUAUUCAGUACCUCUUCAUCGGCGGACGAUAUACAAGCGGUACAUGGUUUGAGAUUAUUGAAUGCCAUUAUGUUGUUGUUCUCCCACAAAUCGAUGGCCAUGUUUUUCAAUCCCUACAACAAUCGUACCGAAAUGUCGGAGAGCUUAGGCCGUUCUUGGACUGUUAUUGGUCGUGCCGCUUCUUUGUAUACCGAUCCCUUUUUACUAUUCAGUGGCAUGUUGACGGCCUAUUCAUUUUUUGGUCGCUUAAAUAAAGGUCAAUCUAUUCGUUUGAAAAAUGAAUACAUUAGUCGUUUAAUACGCAUUGUGCCACCACUAGCUGCUCUCAUUUUGUUCUGUACCUAUAUAUUGCCCAUGUGGGGUUCAGGACCCCAAUGGAAUCUUGUUGUGGGUCAUCAUUCCGAUAUUUGCAAAAAGAAUUGGUGGCGUAACUUGCUCUUCAUUCACAACUAUUUCGGUUUUAGUGAAAUGUGUCUGACACAUACACAUCAUUUGGGCAUUGAUACGGAAUUGUUUGCAGUUGCUCCGAUUAUGAUUUUAGCCAUGUGGAAGUGGCCCCGUAAGGGUAUGACAACUCUGGUGGCGUUAUGUUUCAUUGGUACUGCUGCUCGCUACUAUACGACCGUGGUAAAUGAAUUGUCCAAUUACAUUUAUUUCGGCACAAACAUCCAAAGACUUUUCCGCACAGCCGAUUAUAUGUAUUCCUUCCCACCCAUGCGUUCUACUGUUUAUAUUAUGGGCAUAUUUUUGGGCUAUGGUUUACGUCAAUUCCGCGGUGUGCAAUUGAGCAGAUCUCAACUUAGAUUGGGUUGGUUUGUGGCCAUUGUUUGUUUAGUGGCCUCUAUAUUGGGUCCAGCUCCCAUGGGUGAUAUCAACUAUAUCUACAAUUCUACACAUGCUGCAAUUUAUGCUGCCUUUGCCCCCAUUGGCUGGUGCAUCUUCUUUACUUGGGUGGUAUUUGUUUCCCAUAAUGGAUAUAAGAAUCGUUUGACCAAUUUCUUCUCAUGGAGAGGUUUCCAAGUGUCUACCAAACUGUCAUAUGCCAUAUAUUUAACACAAUUUCCCAUAUUCUUUUACAAUGUAGGACGUCGUCGUCAUAUUCAUCAUUAUUAUAAUUUUGUGUCCAUAAUUCUUGAUACCAACGAAUACAUUUGCAUUUUCUUAGCUUCAGUAGCCUUAACUGUUCUCUUCGAUGCUCCCUUCCAAAAUAUCAAGAAAAUCUUGAUUAAACGCCCCACACCCAGCACACCAGCCAUUACCAAAGUUUCAGCAAACGGAACAACCUCGAGUAUCAGCAGCAACAGCACUAUUGAAUCCUGUGAUGACAAGACAUUAAAAUCGCCUGUGAAACAUUUACAUUCUGAUUAAAAUGUUUGUUUAUUUGUACAUAUUGUAUUUAGUAGUUUUAAAUUUAUUUAAAUAUUUUAAUUUAAGAAAUUUUAUGAUAAAUUAAGAAUUUUCCUGUACAUAAAUGUAAACAAACUCCCAAAAAAAACAAAA